AUGCCAACUUCAUCCAUCCUCCUCCGCAACGCCACCAUCCUAGUCCCAGGUCCAGCUGGGAAUAAACCGGUCGUGUCCCUCCGAAACCACUCGCUCCUCAUCGAGGGCAACAAGAUCUCCCGCAUUGCAGCCCGCAUCGAUGCCCCCUCCGACGAGACCCAAGUCAUUGAUUGUACCGGCAAGAUUGUGUCUCCUGGAUUCAUCGACACGCAUCAUCAUGUGUGGCAGACGCAGCUCAAGGGGCGGCAUGCGGACCAUACCUUGAUGGAAUAUGUGCCGACUGGCAACAUGCAAUCUUACAAUUACACUCCGGAAGACAUCUUCUGGGGAGAACUAGGCGGCUGCCUCGAAGCCCUAAACGCAGGAACAACGACCGUCGUCGACCACGCACACAUGAACUACUCCCCAGCUCACAACACAAACGCCCUCGCAGCAGCCAUGUCCUCCGGCAUCCGCUCCACCUUCUGCUACGCACCCACCACCCGCGUCCAGCAAUGGGACCCUCAACUCACCCUCAACCCAGACAUCCUGCCCUCCUGGGCCGUCGACCAGGCCCAAGAGCUCAUCAAGAACGGGCCCUACGGAAACGGCCGCGUCAGCGUCGGCCUCGCCUUUGACGCCCUCUUCCUCCCCAAGGAGACUGUCACGGAUCUCUAUCAAAAAUGUCGUCGAGCCGGCGCAAAAGUCUUCACAACGCACUACGUCCGCGGCGCAAUCUUCGGCCAACACUCCAUCGUCGACAUGCUCGAAAACCACGCCCUCCUAGCCCCAGACAUCCUCCUCUCCCACGCCAACAACCUCACCCCCUCCGACGCCCAAAAGCUCUCCGCCGCAGGGUCAUCCAUCUCCUCCACCCCAGACACCGAGCUCCAGAUGGGCCUCGGCCACCCCGUCUGCUUCCGCAAAGACACGGCGUCCAUCAGCUCCCUCGGCAUCGACUGCCACAGCAACAACGGCUCCAGCCUCGUCAACCAGAUGCGUCUCGGCCUGCAGGCCGAACGCGGGAUCCGCAACGCUGCGCUCAUUCAACAGGGCAAAGCACCGAAACACCUCAACCUGUCUGUCCACGACGUCUUUCAACUCGGUACGUUGGGCGGCGCGAGGGCCAUUGGAAUGGAACCCCAGCUCGGAUCCCUGGAACAGGGGAAACUGGCUGAUAUAGUCAUCUUUGAUGGUCUUACCCCUGGCAUGAUCUGCGCUGCAGAGCAAGAUCCCGUCGCGGCGAUUGUCCUGCACUCGAGUAUUGCGGAUAUCGAGACCGUCAUUGUCGACGGCAGGAUCGUGAAGCAGCGCGGAAACCUUGUGCCCGUUGAUCUUGAUCUGUCCAUGUCGGACCUGAAGUCUACCAAGAAGACGCGCUUGGAAUGGUCGGAUGUGGCUCAGGAGCUGCUCAAGAGUCGGCAGAGGGUGAUUGAGGCGGGCAAGAAGAGCUGGGGAGGAGACAUGGACAAGGCGUUGGACAGUUUGACCAAGGCUUUUUACAUUGACCCCAACAACUUGGUCUAA